CAAAAACUGUGUACUUCCGGUUGUCACGUGAUGAUCCCGAUUUCCUCCAGCAGUCGUGUGGUUCGUCAAGGUUCCUGGUGGUCUGCAGAUCUACAUACAAGAAGGGAGGGAGUAGGGCUGAGAUCUGCGGAAUUUAGUGCACAGCUGUGCCUCUUACGUGUUUGUGAGGGAUAACUCACAGCCGUGCCUGUCAGGUGUUUGUGAGGGGUAACUCAUCAGCUGGCUCAGUACCUGCUUUGCUCCUUGUGGGACAGACUCUGUCCUGUUUGGCUGUCUCUGUGACUGAACCAGCAUGGCAGAGCUUCUGUCUGUCCAGGUUCAAAUUCCCAAACAUCUGGGCCAUUUCCUAAGCCCACCAUCCUCUAAAUCUGCUUUGCCUGAUGCUGGGGGUGGCAGUUUGCAUGGCUCUAUAAACAGUAAAGAUGCCCGCAAAAUUUCCCACUUGCCACGUCGAAAAGCUGUGGACAUUGAAUUCCGGGAUCUCCAAUACUUUGUAAAGGAAGGAUCUCGUAAUAAAGGUCAGAAAAUUAUACUUCGAUCGAUUUCUGGCAAGUUCUGCAGUGGACAAUUAACCGCUAUCAUGGGACCAUCAGGAGCUGGCAAAUCCACACUUAUGGACAUUGUUGCUGGUUACAAAACUAAAAAUGUACAUGGAGCCAUCAUGGUUGGAAAACAUGAACGUGAUCUGAGGACUUUCCGCAAGAUGUCCUGCUACAUCAUGCAGGAUGACCAUCUUCUGCCCCACCUGUCUGUGGAGGAGGCCAUGAUGUGCUCUGCUAACCUGAAACUGGAUGAGCAACUAUCAAUCAACGACAAACAGGCAAUGGUCGAUGAGAUUCUGGACAUCCUUGGUCUAACUGAAGCCAAGAAGACGCGCACAAGUAAUUUGUCUGGUGGCCAGCGCAAGCGAUUGUCUAUAGCCCUGGAACUUGUCAACAAUCCUCCCAUUAUGUUCUUUGAUGAGCCUACAAGUGGCCUGGAUAGUGCAUCCUGUUUUCAGUGUGUAUCUUUGCUGAAAAAACUGGCUGCAGGAGGACGCACUAUUAUCUGUACCAUCCACCAGCCCAGUGCAAAACUCUUUGAAAUGUUUGACUAUUUGUACAUGCUGGUUGAUGGCCAGUGUGUUUACAGGGGCAUGGUUCGAGCACUUCUGCCAUACUUUCAGUCCCAUGGAUUGCAUUGUCCUAAGUACCAUAAUCCAGCUGACUAUGUUAUGGAAGUAGCAGCUGGGGAGUAUGGUGAUGACAAGGUGAAACAGCUCAAGUCAGCUGUGCAAGAUGGAUACUGCGAACCCUUCCAAGAGGAAUUUGAGCGUAAAAAUUUGCCUUCGGGAUCUCAACUCCCAGUGACCACUCAUCCUGUUUGGCAUUUGCCUGCAGACCAGGAAUGUCAUUCAUUCAACACCAGCUGCUUCACACAGUUCCGCAUUCUCUUCAAGCGAACCUUCAUGUCCAUCAUGCGAGAUGCAACUUUAACACGCCUGCGAUUGAUUUCUCACCUAUCUGUUGGCAUUCUUAUUGGUCUCUUGUACCUGGGCAUUGGCAAUGAGGCCUCAAAAGCUUUCAACAAUGCUGGUUGUCUCUUCUUCUGUAUGCUGUUCCUUAUGUUCACAGCCAUGAUGCCUACCGUGCUUACAUUUCCCAUGGAGAUGGCAGUGUUUGUACGAGAACAUCUCAACUACUGGUACAGUCUCAAGGCAUACUACAUGGCCAAAACAAUGGCUGACAUGCCCUUUCAAAUCAUAUUCCCUCUAGUGUAUGGAAGCAUUGUGUACUGGAUGACCUCGCAGCCUACAGACUUCUUGCGGUUCGUCAUGUUUUUGACUCUGUCCACACAAACUUCACUUGUUGCACAGAGCCUGGGACUACUCAUUGGUGCUGCUACUUCCCUCCAGGUGGCUGUCUUUCUUGGACCAGUGACAGCCAUUCCUAUUCUGCUGUUUAGUGGGUUUUUUGUCACAUUUGACACCAUUCCUUCUUACCUGCAAUGGCUCUCAUACCUGUCUUAUAUCAGGUACUCAUUUGAAGGUGUUCUCCAAGCUAUCUAUGGGCAAAAUCGGGGCAAGCUUGACUGCAGUGAAGAGCAGUGCAUUUUCAAACAAGCCACUGAUGUGUUGGAGGAGCUUGAUGUGCAGCAUGCUGAGUUCUACCUUGACUUCAUUAUCCUUUGCAUAUUUUUUGUCACCCUCCGUGUCGGGUGCUACCUGGUAUUGCGAUGGCGUGUCAAAUCCCAACGAUGAUUGCAGCCUAGAAGUAAAAAGUGUGCAAAACAAACAGCAGCAUGUGAACUGGAAAUCAUUUCAGAGAUGACCUUUCCAGGCCUUUUAACAAGAUGGAAACAUAGGAUGCACAAAUACUGUACAAUAGUGUGUAGUCCCAUCCAUUUGUGGUUUUUUGGUUGUUGUGAGAGGUAGGGAAAGUGGUAGAAACUGUUCCACUGAAUUUUAGUUGAUUCCCACCUCGCCAGGUGUGUGGUUGUUUUUUUCCUUCAGAAAAAAAGCCAGUUUCCUUAUCCUCCUUAACUCGGUGGUAUUUAAACUGCUAGACUGUUCAUGGAAGAUUUUACACAUUUUACUUUUCUCAAUUGACCAGCAAAUUUAUUGAGGGAACAGACAUCUGCUUUCCGCAUUAAUUAAAAACUAAGGAUCACUUGUUUGACUUAAAGGAACAUGCUGUGCAUGUGAGCUAAGAGAAACUGUUGAGCACUGGAGUAGGAUGGUCUUCUAAACGGACAACAUAGGGAACGGAAUCACAAAGUUCCUCCAAGUGGACUUGAGGGACUGCUUCACAAAGUCCUUCAAAGCAGACCAGUCUUCCUGUGCUUUGUUAAAAAGAAGUUAAUGUAAAACAAAAAGUUCCAGAAGUGGUGUUUUUUGUCUUUAUAUUCUCAUUGUUUGUUAAAUGUUCAUUUUGUUUCAAACUCACAUUUUUUCAUCAGGGUUUACAUUUCACUUGUCUUCUAUUGAUUGGAAAGGACCAGAGUUGCUUUAUGAAGUGUCUUUGCACAGGACAGGCUGUAAAAUGCAUCUCUGUCUUCAGCAUCUUUAGACUUGCAUACUAUGUCUAUAUUCUUGGAUGUUCAAUGCUAGGAUACAGUAGUUUACAGCGUUGUCUUAUUAUUUCACCAUCAUAACUUUAGCACUCUUAUAAUUUGAAGUUUUACAUCCUUCAGGAUAAAUUUUUCUCAACAGGUAAAUCUUAAUCUUUUAUGUAACAGUGGAUGUGAAAACCCAAAAUAUGAUCAGACUGUGCAUGCUUUUUUAUGUUGCAAUGUUUGAUAGCUGCUUAUUGCAUUUAGAUUUUUCCCCCAUGCUGAGAGUUCUGCAGGGAAAUAUAUUUUGCUUUUUUUCAGCCAUAAUUUGUUUUUUCAGUUUAAUGGUAUUUUCUGGCUUAAUGCUUGCUUGCUGCUCUGCAGCUCUAAGUUAUGUUUAUUUUUUUCCUUUUAGCUAUAUUCAUUUUGAUUUAUCUUGAAUGUUUUGCCUGUUUUACUUCGAGAAAUUAUUUUAUUUGCUUUUAGUGUGAACUACCUGUAGAUAUAAGCAUGCUAAGUUUCUGCAUUUAAAAGAUAUGUGUAGUGCACAGAAGAUCUUGCCUACAAUAGCAUGUUGCAUAAACAAGAGUAGAGAUUCGGCAGCUUAAGUGUGGAUUUUCCUUUGUCCUGUGUUAGUUUUGUUAUUAAAACAUGAAAGCAAAAAUAUCUUGUGCUGCCUGGUGCAGCUAUUAAAAAAAACACAUACCAUAAUAUUUGUGUGUAUAUGGACAGUAGGCUAUAGCUGUGGCUGUUACAUGCCUAGUACAAUAUGCCUGCAUGCAUUUGGGCAUAGACAGGUAUACACACACUGUUUAAAGCUACUGCUGCUGAUGUAUAAAAAUAUAACAAUGUAAUGCCAUGUACACAUGUAAUGCCUGGAGUUGCAUUCUAAUUACUAAGAAAAAAGGAUAAGGAGAGCUAAUGCUAACGCUAGAAUAUGAUGUAAUAGCUUAAUGCUUCUUAUGUUGGCUUGGUCCUUCCUAGCCUUACCUUUAAUAUACAAGGUGAUAAGAUGUGAUGAUACCUUUUGAAGUUAUGCAGGUAUGCAAGCAUUUCGACCCUUCCUUCUACUCCCUUAAAAGACUGCUCUAAGGUAGGAGUGUUUGCCUCGGGAUGGAGACCUACUAGGGUUGUUUAGAAUGGAUGUGGUCUUCCUUAACGCACAAAAACAUCCUGACAGAAUAUAUUUGUGAUGGUAAAAGAAAGGGGAUCUCCCCAUUCUUUGAACAGCAUAUUUAAACUCUAGAUUGUGGUCACCAAAACAGCUGCACACUGGAUGCUUUCAUAUUGUGAGCCUUCAGAGCACAACUGUUUCAUGCCACCUUAUAUUCUGGCAGAUGCUACAUUUUUGGUUGAAGAAUGAAAUUAUGUUGACAUUAUUUAUUUUCUUGUUUUAUUUAUGUAUUUUACUUUCUAUUUAUUUUUCAGAAGGUGAAACCCAGUUAAAGAGAUGUUUUAGAAAAUAUUUAUAAAAUGUGAUAAACAAAAGAGACUGUUGAUAAUGUGUCUGCAUUCUGUUGUAGAAUGUUGAUGUACAAGAAUGCUUGUAUUGCAGUAAAAGACAUACAGACAUUUUUUUAUUUUUGUUUUUUUGUCAUUUUUAUUAUAUAUUUCAAUGCAUAUAGAGAAUUGAAAAUACAACGAUGAUGAUGAGCAGAUGGUUGACCGUGCAGUUGCCGACGACAACAGUGUGAUAAACCGUGCCAUGUCUAUAUGUAAACCCUGUCAAAUAUUUUCAUUGCUGUAUGUUAAUUGCUGGAUGUGUUUUUAAACUGUGUACAGAUCUACUGCAUAUGUGUAUUGCACACAGCAGAUGUGUAUUGGGUUUUUGCAAUUGAAGCAAAUUAAGUACUUUCGAAUGUUUGAUGUCUUAAUGGUCUGACAGAAAUUCAUUUAUAAUUUAACUAUUUAUCUUAGAUGAUGUGCUUUCUAACAUGCACAGAAAAUUUCCUAGAAAAAUAUAACAAAUAUAAAAGAAAUAAAUUGGUGAAGGCUUGCUUUUAGAGUAGCCCAGUUCUGUAAUGUUCUGUAAGGCUACUAAAAUAUAGAAAAUGAGGGAGAUACAGUGUGAUGCAUGUGUGUGUGAGCAUACAAACAAAAUCAGCUAAAGCAAAAAGGGCACAUGACUUUAUUGGGUUUGAAAACUUUGCAAAGGAAGUGCUGCAGGGUAGCUUGUGAGCUUGAUUACACCUGUUAGGUUCAUAUACAUUGGUGUAACAAAAUCAUCCAUCUUAACAAUGCCUACUUAUAUAAAAGAAGUUGCCAGACUUUAUAGGCAGCAUGAGGCUGUAGAAGUUUUAGCGUUCUUGUAGCAAUGGACAAAGAAAAAAAGGCCGUCAUCUCUGGUCAUCAGUAUUUGAGUAUUCAAACUGCUUUUUUGGAUACCAAUGUUACUAGAUACAGAUAUCCCAGCUGUCUUUCCAGAUGAAGUCUUGAAAAUGUUGGUUAUUACCGGUGAUGACAGGGCCAUGGAUGGAGACGGUUUGAUGACAAUGAUUGAUGAUGUGCUCUUUUUGUACAUAUUUGUCUCCAGCUGCCAUUGCUUCUUUUUGUGCAAUAUGGAUGGAUGAAUGGAUGGGUCAUCAGUGCUUCCAGUAAAUAAUAUAACCAGUAGGUGCACUUGCAUGCAUGUUUCUUGGUCUUGUCCUUUUUUUUUUUCUUUCAUUCUCUACCUUUUCUGUCUUUCUAAUAACUUCUGCUCUUCUUUUCUUUGGCAUAAAUUUUCUUGCCACAAUAAGUGCACAUAAGUGGACACUACCUUUUUGCUGUUUUUUGGAUUCUUUCCACCCCAGUUCUUUUUGUUCAUGUUCAUAUUAUUGCUGUGCAGUAGACUGUUUCAGACAUUGUAAAUCACGUCUUGUGCACGCUUUAGUGUUCUUUCCUUGGUCUUUUCAUUUCUUUUAACUAGUAAAGGUUAUUAUUUCUAGCCCUCCAGCAGUCUCUUUCCUCAGUUUUGUUAGCAGAAAUGCCAACAGAGGAUUAUUGCAUUUUAUAAUCUGCAUUUGACUUUUAAAAGCAAGCCCGCAUUAUUUUGGAGUUAUUGUUAAUGUAGGUACCAGAUUAGGAAGGUGGCCGCAUGAUUUUUAUGCCCCUUGUACAUGAACUUAUUACAGGGGACAGCAGAAUUUUUGUUUGUUAUGGUAUAUAUGUGCAUGUCCUUUAUUGUUUGUUCACACUUCCCACAGAAAGGGAAUUGAAAAUGCAGAUUUAUAAAUUUCUAGAGCUCUUAAAGCAAAAGUAGGGAACGUAGCAAUUGUAUGCCUGGGGGGGGGGGGGGAAGAAGUUUCCCCUUUUUGAACAGACUUUGAUAGAAAACAAGCUGUUAAAACUAAUCUACAUUUUUUAUCUUCUUUUGUUUUGUUUUGAUAUAGUUUCUCUUUUACUUGAGGGUUAGAGGUAUUAUGUUGCAAAGCUACUACAUAAAAUUUGAGUGAACUUGCCAUUGUUAGUGCUUUUCUUGUGUUCUUAGGUUUGCCUCUUUCACCAAAAUAAAUGCAAGCAAAAAAAUAUUAUGUUCUGAGCAGGUUGUUAGGUUGGCGCUUUUAAUUUUUAGCAUCAUUUCUGAUAAUCCUGUUCUUUGUAUAGUCAGAUGAUUCAACUGUGACAGUUGCUUACAUGUAAUUGUACUGUUUCUUCUACCUUUGUUUGUCUGUGAUUCCCUUGGUUACAGAAUUAUACUCUGUGGAUAGAUAUUCCAGAAUUUCCAACAGUUGAUGUGUAGAUUCUUAUAAUGCUGGAGCAGAUACUAAUUGUACCAAGCUGGCCCUAAUUUCUUUCAGACCAGAAUUAUCCAUUUUAUCAUGGUGAAAAUACUAAGCCAAACAUGUACCUUGUGUUCAUUUUCAAGCAUAUGCAGAUAGUUGCUGACAUGAACAUGCACACCAGCUUGUGUGUCUCAGAGCAAACAUUGCUAUUUUUCAUAUCCAAUGUGGCUCCGAGAUGCAAAAGGUACUGCAAAUGACAAUGUGUUGUUGCUUUUCUUUGGUUUUUAAAUUUCUGAUCAAUAGGGCACAAGUCGAUACAUAUUUCCAAGUGUACUAAUGAUCUUUAUGUGAUGUCAUUUAUACAUGAGUUUUUAACAAGCUUGAUAGAUAGUACUUUGAUUGGUGCAUUCGUUAGCAACAAAAUUUACCUUUGAACUACAGGUACAAAAAAAAAAGUGUUUACCUCAGGGAGUUCAUGGUCAUUAAUGUAUUCUGAAUAAGUAUUUUACAGACAUGAAGAAAUAGUAACUUUGAUAAGUGAAUGUAAAGUUCCACAACAACAGAGAAGCGAAUGUACCCAUGUCUAUAAAGCAUGCCUAUAUUGGUUUAUUGAGAUAGCACAAAUUCUAUGAUAUUAUUUGAUAUAAAAAUGAUUGUUUGAACAUUGAAGACGAAGUUCUUUUAAUGUUGCAUUUGUUGCUGCGAGAAUUUCAUUUGUUGUUUUGUGGGCAAGUUAAAGAUACUCUCCAGUGUUUGUUGGCAAGUUAAGGAUGCUUUGUCAGUAUUGCUGUAUGUCAGAAGGCACAUGUUCUGAAGCUGUUGUAGAAACAUUGCAUUAUUGUGGUGUGUGGGUUGUCAAGAUACAUGGUGGGCAAUAAGCAUGGUAAAUCUAAACUUGCAUGGCUGUAUGAGUUAGCCAGAUUGGCAUGGCUCAGCCAUCAGCUAUUUAUGGAUGUGCUGACAUGAUGGGAGAUAUUUUUGCAGGCCAAUGAUCUUAUUCUCCACAACACUCACUGUAACUGCUCGUUUGCCACUCAUGGUCCCUUCUGUCUGAUUUGUGUUUUAGUUCAUGUAGGCAUUUAGAUGUAAAAAUUGUGUCUUUGUCUUUAUAUCCUUCAUUAUGUUGUAUCUUAUGUAUGGGAAGAUUCUCUAAAGAGGUUUCUUAAGAGGAUACGGCUUGACAACCUUGAUGCAAAGAAUUCAUUAAAAAGCAUUUGAGGGCUUAAAUGUAAGACUGCAGGGUUACCUUGGUUUCAACAAUCUAGGCUUUGCAUAAAUAAAUAAGCCAGCUGUAUGUCUGAUACCAUAAGUUUGGCCUGUCAGGCAGGCUGAGGUCCAGUAGAAACCAUUUUAUAUCAAUGGAAAUCACUGAGGUGGAAAGGCAUUACGUUUGUUGUAUCAUCAGGAGAGACUUCAAAGGUGAACAUGAUUCAUUGUAAGUCUUAAAUAAUGAUUUUCUUCACAACUCUUAUUUUAAUUCAUGAGCUUGCAUAACUUUGUUGACAGAUCAUAAAGCAGCAUAUUUUCUCAUUCUUUUUCUCUGAUCAGUUUCUAGUUUCAAAGGUUUUUCCUGUUUAAGACACCAGGAUCUGUGGAUGAUCAAAUGCAAAUGGCAGAAGUUUUGCAGCAAAACAGGUUUACAUCUUGAUACUAUCCAAAAUCAUGAUCUUUACAUGAAUUUGAGUAGAAGCUGAGUGAAUUUCAUCUGUCUGAGUCAUGCAUGAUACACUCUUACCUGUAAUACUAGUAUAUAUAAAGAAAGAAGUUCCUUGCAGGUUUCAGAUUUCCCUACUGUGUCAACCUGUCUUACAAACUUUCUUUGUCCUUGUUAAUUAAGUCAUCAGGCAUUUGGGAAAAGCCAUUUAUCUGAGGAAUUUAAAAGGAAAUUGAGAUAAUUUGAGAAUUCACUUGCUUGGUACAUCAUGCCUUUUAGAUGGUAUGGUACCACAACAGAACAAGUAGUUAUUUCACGUGUCAAGAGAAAGUAGGUAUUCAGUUACUUAAUCUUCUUGCAGCUUACUUGCAUCUUCAGAAUGUUAUAAAUUGCUUCGAUUAGAUUAGUACAGUACAUUUAAACUAUUUUUAGUGUAAACUGCCCACUAUUUUGCCAGAAAUAAUUAAAAGCUUGGUUUGCUCUAUAAACAUUGCUUACUUUUACUUUAUGCCUCUUAAAUUCAGGUUCUGAAAUAUUUCAGUUAACUAGAAUCCAAUAUGUUAGGUUGUUUUUUUUUCGUUGCUUUGUUUCAGUCAUGUUACCCAUAUUUGCUGUUGUUCCUCCUGUGUUUAAGUUUUAAAUGUGGUGUCUUCCAUCAGGUGUGAAAGCUGGCUGUGCAAUGGCUUUUAUCUUACUAGAACUGUUACCACUGUUAUGUCAAGAUGCCAAUAAUGCUUGUAAACAGUUUGUCUUCCAGUACUCAGUCUUCAUCAGUAAACAUUCACCAAGGUGGGUUUUUUUGUUUUUUUUUUGUCCAGCAAUGUUCCAGCAGUCUGUUUUUAAUCAUGAUCUGUUCAUUAUAAUGUGUUAUUUGUCCUGAAUGAUCCCUUUUUGUUUGGCUUCCCUUUGUACCAGCUGCCCCUGCAGCAGACUGAAAAUUGCUUUUAUCCUGUCCAAUACUCAACUUUGCCACAGUCUUGAAAAUGUGUUUACAAAAUUAAGAGCGCUUUUUUGUGAACCAACAUCCCUUUUUCGCUCCAUUUGUUUCUUGGCUCCUUUGUGCACUGCUUAUAAGAAAUGGGGUUAGGAUCGAAUUUCUUCAAGAAUCAAUUAUCUGCACAGAUUUGCACUUUCUACAGCUGCUUAGAUGUGCAGUGAAUGUGCUGAAUGAUGCUCGCCUAUGAAGGAAAGGUCAUGCCUUUUCCUGAGGUUGAAGUCUGAAGAAAUAUGUGUUCAGAGGUCAUAUGCUUACUAGCAGCUGUUGAUGCUUUCCUCACUACGCAAGCUAAACAAAGCAUUUUUGGUCGUAAAAUGCACCAUCCAAGGAUGCAUAACACAUUUGAAAGCAAAUCCCGUUUUUCUAUUACAAGCACAAUGGGAAGAAGGCAUGGCUAUUGGAAUUGUUGAAAUUGUGACCCUAAGAUAGUUGUAUUUUCAGUGCUAGAAACAAGGUAAAGGAUUAAAGUGCUUAAGAAAUAUGUGUAAAACAUGAAGUGGUUGCAUUUCAUAAUACAUUUCUACAAUCUACUUGUUAAUGCCUCUUUAUCCAUGAAUUUUUUUUUUUGAGGGGAAGGGGCGGUAGUUUAUUAGCAGGAAGUAUGUUUUGGGUUGUUGUAUGCAUUAGGGUAUGGAACUAAUGCAGUACUGGGGGGUAAUGACAGUAUGUUCUGGACCUGAUGUACAUAGGAGUGCUUGAAUUCCCCAGGUUUUCUGCCCAUUUUUCCUCUUUGAAGCACUCAAAAGUCUGUCCUUGAUACAGUACCGCAGUUUCUCUAGAUUUAAUAGAGGAAAUUGCAAAAUAAAUUUAACUUUCACCUGAAA